GUUGAUAAAACAUGGGAUGGAUUGAACCUAGUGCAUCCCCUUAUGGAGCACCAAUCUUGUUUGUUAACGAAAUGGGCAGAGGAUUACGCAUGUGCGUAGAUUAUCGUGCCUUAAAUAAGAUUACUGUCAAGAACAGAUAUCCUCUCCCAAGAAUAGAGGAUCUGUUUGACCGACUCCAAAGGGCUCAGUGGUUCAGUGCAUUGGACCUGGCUCAAGGGUAUCACCAGCUGCGCAUUACCGAGGAAGAUGUUCCUAAAACGGCUUUUCGAACGCCGUUUGGUCACUUCCAAUGGCGUGUGUUAAGUCUUGGCUUGACGAACGCCCCCGCAUCGUUCCAGAGAGCAAUGAAUGAUGUGUAUCGGGAGGCAAUCGGCCAAUUCGUCUUGGUGUACUUGGAGGAUAUCCUUGUUUACUGUAAGAUUGAGAAAGAACAUACGCAACACCUUAAAUGGGUGUUAGGAAAACUGCGAAAGCAUAAGUUCUAUGCCCGAUUGUGGAAGUGUCACUUCUACAAGCACGAGCUAGAAUAUCUUGGUCACAUUGUAGGCAACGAUGGCCUAAAGGUUGAUCCAAAGAAAGUGUCGGCAGUCCAGCAGUGGCCAGUUCCACAAGAUGUGGGCCAGGUCAGAUCGUUUCUGGGACUCGCAAAUUACUUUCGCCGAUUCUUGGAUAAUUAUUCCUCUGUCGUCGCUCCACUUACGGCACUCACUCGCAAGAGGAGUGCAUGGCAGUGGACAGACCAAUGCCAGAAGGCAUUUGACGAAGUAAAAACCAUGUUGACCAAUGCUCCGGUGCUGGCUUUGCCAGACCCAUCUAAACCCUACGAGGUGGUCACUGAUGCCUCGACCGUAGGGAUUGGAGCAGUGCUCUUGCAGGAGGGACGUCCUGUGGCAUUUGAGAGUAGAAAGCUCUCCCCAGCAGAGCAGCGCUAUACAACUUCUGAACAAGAAUUGUUGGCCGUUGUACACGCGCUACGAACAUGGCAUUGUUAUUUGGAAGGUGUCGAUUUCGUGGUCACAACCGACCACUGCCCGAAGACCUAUUUCGCCACCCAAGCCACACUCAUUCGCCGUCAAGCUCGAUGGGCUGAACUCCUAAGCGGGUUCACCUAUGAUAUUCGAUAUCGAGCAAGUUCGACGAACAUGGCUGAUCCCCUCAGCAGACAGCCGAUUGGGACAGCAACGGCUGUGCGAUUGGCCGAGGCCCAGAUCAACGCCGACGACCAGCUGCUGCCAGACUACUCCGUUCAAGUCGUGCCGGUCAACACAAGCCUCUCCACCACCCAGGCUGCAGCGGCAGUCUCCUACUCUGCCAUGGACCCCUCUCCCUCCGCCGCCUCCUACCCGUUCUUUGCCCGCACCAUCCGCAGCGACGCCCUCGAGAUGCAAGCCAUAGCAGACCUGGUGGCGCAUUUCAGCUGGCUUGAGGUGAUCACCAUCUACAGUGACGACGACUAUGGCAGGAACGGAGUCAACCAGCUCACUGUGCUGCUCGAUAAGGUGGGCAUGAUGACCCCCGGAUAUGUGUGGAUCGCCACCGAAGGAGUGGUGUCGGAGCUGGAGAACCUACCAGAGCUCUCCACGGAGGGGGUCAUUGGGACGCGCGUCUUCGUGCCGCCCAACGCGCAGCUGUCAGAGUUUGAGCGGGCGUGGCAGGCGGAUGGGGACGGGAAUGCAACAGCUGGUGCUGCAGCAUUGUUCCAAGAGACCACCCUCUACGCUCUCUUCGCCCAUGACUCUCUCUCCCUCAUCGCCCGCGGCCUCCACUCCGUCCUCUAUCCCAACUCCCCCUCCUCCUCCUACUCCUCCCCUUCCCCUCCUCCUCUUCCUGCUAGCAACGCCAGUGCAAGUGCCAUGGGUAUCGCUGGGAUAAUGGCAGGGGCAGGAGUGGAAAGUACGAAUGCGGGGGUGCAGGGGCUUGAGCAGUGGCAAGCAGUGAGGUUACCAAAGGGAGGAGGUGCUUCUUCCGAUCUAGCCAAAUUGCAAGAGAAUCUCGAGGGUGCAAAGCUUAUGGAUGCCAUCGUACGAACGACAUUCGAUGGGGUCACUGGGAGGUGAGCUGGCUGGUAGGCUGAGCUGAGCUG